AUGGGACAAAAGGGGGUGCUUGCACCCAAUGGGGUGAUCUGGAAAGCAGCGCUACCGGCGGCGCAAGCCAACAACUUUAACAGGCUCUUUGCUCGUGUGACCUUUCCCAGUAUGGUGCAUCCUGUGCGCUUGCUCAUUGAGGAGCUCAAACCCUGGACUUCCAUUGGCGACGAGCCCAAGUGCCUCAGGCGUUGCUUCACCGGCACGGCCACGGCACAUGGUCAGGUUCUUCAGCGCUUGCUGCCCCCAGCGAUGCCCUUUGCCCUGUGGAUUCUCAGUGACGAUCAUGAUGGCAGCGGAAUCGCUGGAGGGCACUGUGCCAACUAUGACUUCGAACUGCAGAUAGGCCCUGUGCCGAUGUCGAGCAUGGCGCAGGACUUCCUUGGGCCAGCUGCGUGGCUUUGUGAGGGGGGUGCCUGGCCAAGGCGAUUGGAGCAGAGCACGGAUGGAAUUUUUAUGACCGAGCGGCAGGUCCUCCGCCAGCGUCGCUUUGCCCUGCGGGAUCACUUCGAUUUGACCCGACCACCAGACGUCGAAACGACGUCGGCGGCGCCGGGAUCGUUGGGAGGUCUGCAUGCCAUUGAGAUACAGGUCUCCGAAGCUUCCAUCUUUCGGCUGACGACGCAUGCGCCCACCGUGCCUGCGCGGCCGGUCUUGGUACCAGGGCGUCAAGAUGAAGCAUGGUUGGCCCUGUCGAAUCCCAACAACGAGAUCCUCACACGUCGAAUCCCCGCGGCAGGUCGUGAGUUUCGACACAGCAUCAGCACGGAGUUGUCGCCGGGAGAAUACACUCUGCUCUUUGUUUUGGAAAUGCCAACAGGUGCAGCCAUGGGUGUUUCACUUCCUCCCGAGCCAUGCUAUGAGGAUCACGUGACCUGCAGCCGUCCCCUGCUAAGCAUGGAGGACUUACGCUGCACAGUGGAAAACCAGUUGCAAGCCUACGUAGGGACUGGUUUCCUGGACCGGAAAUGGUGGGUCCGCUUUCUGCAGAUCAUUGGCGACACAGAGCAGGAAGCACGUGCCCUGCUGAAAGGCCAAGGGGCCAAGAUCAGCGUCAAACAGUUUUUGGAUUUCCUUUUCGGCCCAAAAGAUGUCAGGGUGCUUACAGCAGAGAAUAGUGACAACACCACAAGGACCAAGAACUUGAGAGAAUACUUCGAGAAGCACUACCGCGAAGGAGGACAUUUCUGUCAUUCUGAUUAUGAAGUGUUUGGCGAGAUUGAAAUUUUCACGUGGAUGCACAAGCCAACUGGGAUCCAAGUGUGGCGCGAUGCCAUUGACCUGACCUCAGGUGAUGGUGGGCAAGUGUUUUUUCAUUACACGAGCGAACUUGCCUUCGGAAACAUCACCCAUCCCAGCAAGGAAGCAGCUGAAAUUUGGGCAUCUUUGAGAACCGAAGGGCCCAGCGCCAAUGCCUGGUGGGGCAAGGGGAUCUAUACAGUCCCAUUGCCUCCUGACCAGUGGGAAAGUCGUGAGCAGCUGCUAGACAACAAUUUCCGCAACAUGAUGCAGAGAGACAGAGACAGCGAUGAUCCACAGAAAGGUCCAGCAUAUGUAGAUAGAGAAUAUCCCAAGAGGGCAGCCUUUUGUGUCCCAAUCCUCAUCGAUCCUGCGAAUGCCUUCGAUGUCUCCAUCAGAGCCACUCCAGAAAUGGAGGCAGCAGGGAAGGAACCAGGCAGGAAUCUUGCGAACAAACUCUUGAACGAGCCGGGCAAGCCUCCUCGCUCUUGCGUGGUGCUCCGAGUAUCUGAUGAAGAUGGUGUCCAACAUGCCCGUGCACAGUUGCUGAAUACCCUGCGCCAGCGUGUGCGCCUCGCACCUGCAAGCCUGGACGCUAAGUGGAGGCUCGCUGCGGCACUAGAACUGCGUGGCUUCUAUCAGGAGGCGUUGCCUGUGGCUCAGGAAAUGGUGGCACUUUGCGAGUCAACAUACGGUCUUGAGAGCCAUGAUGGUUUCAAAAGUCGCACGACUCUGGGUAUCAUUCUGUACCACAUGGGCAACUUGUGGGAAGCUGAAAAGGUGCAGCGAGAACUCCUGGAUACCACAGUGAAGGCUCUUGGUCCUGAGCGCGAAAAGACGAUCCUCUCUAUGCAAAAUUUGGCCGUCACUUUUUCCUCAAUGGAGGGUCGUGAAGGUGAAGCUGCUGAGUUGUAUCGCAAGGUUGUAGCCUUCAGAGAAAAGCAAUUGGGUCCUAGCCAUCUUGAUACUGUGCACACGAUGACUAACUUGGCUAUCACUCUGAAUGACAUGGACAAUCAUCAGGAAGCAAUCAAAUUGCACCGCAGGGCUUUGGAGGUCAGGGAAAAGACAUUGGGUCCCGAGCAUCCUGUGACUUUGCAGUCUGUCAGCCACUUGGCAGUCGCACUGCAUGGCCGAGGUGAUCUGGGUGAAGCCUUGACGCUGCAAAGGCGUGCUCUAGAAGCCAGGGAAAGAGAUCUGGGUCCUCAACAUCCAAGUACCCAGAGGUCCCUCCAGAGAAUCGAGAACCUAUUGGGCGACAUGAUCAACAAAGAGCUGGAGGUGCCAGGUGAAAUUGUAGAGCUGUGCCGCGAACUAGUGGCAGGCAGAACAAAGAUACUGGGCCAUCAUCAUCCAGAUACAGUGGACGCUAUGGCGGCCUUGGCAUUGAGCCUGACCGGGGCUGGCAACUACCGUGAAGCGGUUGGGUUGCUUCGUCAGGUCUUAGAAACCAGAGAGAAGGAGCUAGGAGUUGAUCAUCCUACUACUUUGCACAUGGUCACCAUCAUAGGCUUUGCCCUGGAAGAACUGGGUGAUUUCAGUGACACGAACUUGCACCGCAGGGCUUUGGAGGCGAGAGAGAAGCUCGGUGCCAUGAAUUAGGCAGAUUUGUAAAGACCAUGCGGUAGUCCUUUUGAGCACUGCUAAAUGGCAGGGGGGGUGCUGCUUAAAGAUGUUUUCACCAAUCUGGAAAGAAAAUCCAGACCCGCUUGCCUUUCACCCAAAGAUCCAACAAUGACUCCAUGUUUAAUAUUUGCCUUGCGGUGGGCCCUGCUCCCAGUUG